UAUUGCAGCUCUUGCACAGGAGCAGCAGGGAAAGUCACCCAUAAAGUGCUGGGGAGCAAGAGGAGAGAGAUUAACUUCUUCAUCUCGGGAUAUUUGGUUUGGUUUGGGUUUUUUUCUCCCUCUCCUGACGAGAAGUUUUAUUUUCCUCUCCCUGGUCCCUGGGAUCACGGCCAGACAGGAAGCAUUUUCUCACGGCCAGAGACCUCCCUCCGUCCUUCCUGCGCUCCUCCAGCUCCCGGUGAUUCAGCUCUGAAUUGAUUUUCUCUGUCGUCCUUCACCUGGUGCCGGGGAAGGAAGAGACCGUCCCCGCGGCAUCCCCCCGCAAGCCGCGCGUCCUGCCCGGGGUGGAUGCGUCUCCUCCGGGACAGGCUCCUCGGGGAAGUUCACAGGCAGGAGCAGCCGCGCAGGGGCUGAGGCUCCGUGGGAGAGCCCCGGGGACACACUCGGACCCCUCCGUUGCAAGCCAUGGCUGACAGCCAGAUGCCCUUUUCCUGCCAUUACCCUGGCAGGCGCAGUGUCCGUGACCCGUUCCGGGAGCCCGGCUUGACCUCGCGCCUGCUGGACGAUGACUUCGGCAUGUCCCCCUUCCCCGGGGACCUGACGGCGGACUGGCCCGACUGGGCUCGGCCCCGGCUCACCACCACCUGGCCGGGUCCCCUGCGCACCGGCAUGGCCCGAGCCUCCGCCAUGGCCCCCGGCUACGGCGCCCGCUUCGGGGGGUACCCCGAGCCCCGCAGCCCCGCGCCCUUUCCCCGCGAGCCCUGGAAGGUGUGUGUCAACGUGCACAGCUUCAAGCCCGAGGAGCUGACGGUCAAAACCAAGGAUGGCUACGUCGAGGUGUCAGGCAAACACGAGGAGCAGCAGGUGGAAGGAGGGAUCGUCUCCAAGAACUUCACCAAGAAAAUCCAGCUGCCCUACGAGGUGGACCCCAUCACGGUCUUUGCCUCCUUGUCUCCGGAGGGGCUGCUGAUCAUUGAGGCGCCCCAGAUCCCCCCCUACCAGCAGUACGGUGAGGGCGGCUGCGGCAGCGAGAUCCCCGUGGAGAGCCAGGAGGCCACCUGUGCCUGACCAGCCACCCGUGUUCCCCCCAUGCCCCGGCACCCCCUCCUCCUCUCUCCCCUCUCUCCCAGGACCCCCGCUCCCCAGUCCCCUGCAGCACAGUGUCCGGGCAGCCUCUGGCGAGGGUGACGGGUGCCGCGCUGGGGGGACGGCAGCACCCACCACCCCCUCUCCCAGGGGGAUCAGCUGAGAGCCAGGGCACGCGCGCUGGGCACACGCACCGGGCACCAGGCCACCACCCCCGAGGGCUUGUAGCAGUCUGAGGUGCCAGUAGAGAUGCUGUGCCCCUGGGGCCGAGCGGAAUGGAUGUCCUCAUGAAGGUUGUUUUUUUGCUCUGAGUCGCUCGGAUGGGACAUUUAUGACAAUAGCAAAAAAAGGGCCCUUUUUUUUCCUCUAAAAUUGAGGUGGAAUCCUGUAGCCCUGUGUCUUUUCCUCUUCUGUGGGUUGUUUUUUUUUUUUGGGGGGGGGGUUGUUUGUUGGUUUGUUUUUUUUUAAAAACCUACAUCUCUGCAAAGGACGCGUGUCCAGCAGCGGAGCUUGAGGGCACGUCCUGAGAAACACAAACUGUCCACGUGUCUUGAACGUUGCUUUUGGGGUUUGGUUGUUGGUUUUGUUUUGUUUUACUUUUUUUUUUUUUUUUCCAAAGAGAAUUUGUGCUUUUACUUGUCAGACCUGAGGAAUAAAACCCAAUGGAUGUUCUUA